UUGCUCACUGGCUGUCCUCCGCCAGGGUUAGAGGCCGUCCCUGCCCCCUGGCAGAGCUGCAGAGCGGGUUUGGCCGCCUAGGCGUCAGCAGCGAGCCCAGCUCGUCUACGUCCCUCUCCCGCCGCCGUGCUCUCCCGUUCAAUGGCCGCCGCUAUUGGCCUGCUAGCCGUUGCGGCCCGAGGGCCCAGCCGCCUCCUGCGCUGCCGGCGGGCUCUGCUCGACUCCCGCGCCUGCAGUCGUGGAGCGGCGGGGGCCAGGCAUCCUCAGCCCGAACAGCAGCUCACCAUCUGCCGGCAGCUGGAUGGCAUCAGGACCAUUAUCUUGAAUAAUCCAAAGAAAAGAAAUGCUCUGUCAUUACCUAUGCUGAAAUCUCUCCAAAAUGACAUUCUCCAUGAUGCGGAAAGCAAAGAUCUAAGAGUCAUUAUCAUUUCAGCUGAAGGGCCUGUAUUUUCCUCUGGGCAUGAUUUAAAGGAAUUAACUGAUGAGCAAAGCCAGGAUUACCAUGCUGAAGUAUUUCAGACAUGUGCUGAGGUCAUGAUGCUAAUUCAGAAACACCCUGUCCCCAUCAUUGCCAAAGUGAAUGGUUUAGCCACUGCUGCAGGUUGUCAGCUGGUUGCAAGUUGUGACAUUGCCCUGGCAAGUGAAAAAUCUCAUUUUGCAACUCCUGGUGUGAAUGUUGGACUCUUCUGCUCCACUCCAGCAGUUGCCCUGGGGAGAGCAGUUCCUAAAAAGGUUGCCUUAGAAAUGCUAUUUACUGGGGAACCCAUCACAGCCCAGGAAGCAUUGCUUCAUGGGCUGCUCAGCAGGGUGGUUCCAGAAGAGAAGCUGGAGGAGGAGACCAUGAAAAUAGCCCAAAAGAUCUGUACAUCAAGCCGGUCUGUUGUGGCGGCGGGCAAGGCCACCUUCUACAGGCAGCUGACGCAGGACCUGAAGACAGCCUACCGUUUUGCCUCCCAAGCCAUGAUGGACAAUUUGGCCACUCAGGAUGGGCAGGAGGGAAUCACAGCCUUUAUCCGGAAGCGUAAGCCCGUAUGGUCACACUCAUAGGCGAGAACCGCUGGAGGUAUCCAGAAGAAAUGAAACCAGCCCAGGGAAGCCCAAAUCUCCCCAGAUGAUUAUACAAUGAUACCUUUGGGGGAAGAUUUGUUUUUCAUUAUCUGCAGUGUCUUAUGUGUAAACUUAUGGGUUUGAUUUCAGGGCUGGGGCCUUAGAGGUUUCACAGUGGAGUUCUCCCACAUCUGCCUCUAGUCCUCAAGCACAAAGAUUCAUUGUUCUAUGAGACCAAGGACAUUGUUGAAAAAGUUGAAAUUAGCCUGAUUGCAAUUUAUUUCAUUUUAAAGAUUCUAAUUCCAUGAGAUAUGACAUACAAAUAGAUAAUAAAAAUGAAACAUUAUUCAGAAUAGUAAAAUGUGAUGAAAAGUUAUUGAAUACCUAUUCUGUUAUUCUACAAAGUAUGGACUUUGACAUAGUUCAGAGGAACUUGGAUGAGCAAAGAAAGGCACCAAUCUAAGGAAAGGAUACAAGGAAUUAUUUUCAAAAAAGUAAGAUGCACCAAUCCUGUUGCAGUCCUAUAGGUUGAAUGAGUUGACUCUAGUCAUCUUCAGAUGUGAAGUAAAAUGAAACUGGUUGAUAAUGUCGCUGAGAUAAGAUGCCAGAGGUGCUGGAAAUCUCCACACUGAAAAUUUCUUUCCUUCCACUGAGAACAAGAUUUGAUCCCCUCACCCCCACCCCUUCUCCCAGUAUAUCUCCCCCAGGUUUCAGGUUUAAAAUGCUCUUGAGCUUUAAAAUCCAAUUUAAAAAAGUUUUACUAAUAAAAACAUUAAAAGAACAAAGUUUCUGGGGGGAAAAAGGAUAUAAAAUGUCCCCUUCAUAGAAUCAGUUAUAGCAAAAGGUCAGGAAAGGAUGCCCCCAGAGAGGAGGAAGCAGGAGCUAGAAUUUCUAACACAAAUUCUCCCAGGCUAAGCUUCAAAUGGCAGAAACACCCCUUAUCCCUUUUUAAAGGGCUAGUCUUGUUCACCUGGAGCGAGUUGCCUCCUAGCUGCUAGGACCUAGCAUAUACAGUAUUAGUCAGGGCCACCUAUAGAAAAGGGACAGCUAGGUGACACAGUGGGUAAAGCACCAGGCCUGGUGUCAGAAGGACCUGAGUUCAAAUAUGACCUCAGGCACUUAGUAGCUGUGUGACGCUGGGCAAGUCAUUUCAUCCUGUUGGCCUCAGUUUCCUCAUCUGUAAAAUGAGCUGGAGAAGGAAAUGGCAAACCCUUCCGGUACCUUUGCCAAGAAAACUCCAAAUGGGGUCAUGAAGAAUCGGACGUGAGUGAAAAAUGGCUGAACACCACCACCUAGAGAAAAACAGGAGGAUGGAAGGGUGGGUGUAGGGCAAAAAGGGAAGUAGGAGUAGUAAGGCUGGGGAUCUGAAUGCCACCCUGUCCUAGCCUCCCCUCCCUGGCUCCCUGUACUAAACCAGCACAGCUUCUACCACCAGUGGAUUAAUGAGGCUUGGAUGACUAGUCUUCCUGGUUCCUCAUGCAAAUUACGUCUCAUAAAUAAAUUCAAAAAUUCCCAGCCCACAGUUUUGUGUUUUUUUUUUUUCAAAUCAUUUCUGUAGAGGACACAUAGAGCUAGAGGAAAAAAAAAUAAAGUGAAGGUUUUUCCUGGUUCCUCCAGCAAAGUGAGUAAAUGUAUCUGUGCAAGAACCUAGAUUGAUAGAGUACAUAGUUCCCAGAAGUCAUUGCUCCAUUGCAGAGGCAUCAAACCCAGGGGUUUUUAAAAGCAUUUUAUCUUUAUAUCUGGUGUCAUAUCUCAGAAUAUCAAAGUGUCCUAGUAGUGCCACUGAGGCACUUGGAGCUUGAUUGGAGAGAAAUAAAAGGUGGAAUGUAUUUGCUGUUGAGCAUCUUAUGAUUAAACUGAGAGUGUUUGGAA